AUGGAUGGAAACAUGUUUCGUUUUGUUGGAGACUCCUCGUUUGAGGUGUUAGUGUUUGACAAGAGUGGUUGCGAGAAAGAGGGUUGUCACUUUUCCAUUAAUUCCAAUUCAAUCUCAAGAAGAUUCUCUUGUACAAGUAAUCUCCACAUCAACCAUGGUAGUGUGGCUAAAGAAGAAAUUGAGAUUUGUGACUCAUCAUCAGAGGAUUAUUCUUUGUGGAAGGAAGACGAAGAAGAGACUGAGGAUGUAAGUCAUGUAAUAACGGAAGAAAAGAGGGAGAGAAGAGGAAGCUCAAGUGAAGGAAAAUUUCCUCAAAGCCAAAAGUACUUCAUAUCGAAUAGGCGGGAUCUUAAACCUGGAGAAAAGAAAAGGGCUUCCAAGAUGGCAGAGUGUUAUAGGCGCAGCAUGAAGGAUAAUAAGAGAGUGUUUCCUGUGUUUCAGAUAGCCAAAAGUACUUCAUAUCGAAUUUAUGUUUUUUUUUUUGGUAUUUUUGGUGUUUGAGAAUUGGGACUUUAUACUUUUAUAGACUUUAUGUAGUUU